AUGUCUUCUUCUGCCAACGCUACAAGUACGGACACCACCGUCGCUGCGGACCCGACGACGUCGAGCCCAGCCGGCGAUACUUCUACUACUAGUCCUACUAGUGCUGAGAGUCCCUCCACUGACACUGCUUCCACAACAGCUCCCGAGUCCACAGCGACUACGGAUACUACGGAAGCCACUACAAGUCCGACAGAUACUUCAGUUCCGUCAACAACAACUCCCACAUCUACGCCGGACACAACAUCCACGGAGGACCCCACGACUACCCCUGAGACCACGUCUACUCCCACCACGACUACUCCAACUACCACCAGCCAGACGACUCCGACGACAGAGCCGACGACAGCCCCGACGACGACAACGCCGACGCCCACAGAGGCAACCACGGAUCCCACCACGAGUCCCACCUCGAGUCCUACGACAGACCCUACGACAGACGCUACUACCACACCUACGACAACAGCGCCCGCCACGACACAUACAACUGCGCCGAGCUCCUUUAUUACCACAACACAAUCGACCACCUUGCAGAAUGGAAGCACCGCAUUUGUGACCAUCACGUCGUUCGUACAGUCCGACACGACUGGGACAGCGACAGGUCAGCCAAGCUCGACUUCAUCCACUGGAUCAGGCCUCAACACAGGAACCGGUGCGGAUUCACAAUCUGGCUUGAGUCAGUCCUCCAAGAUAGCCGUUGCCGUCGUAGCCCCGAUCGCCGGCGUGGCCUUGCUCGUCGCGGCUGGCAUCUUCUUCUGGAGAAAGCGCAAGCAGCGAAAGGACGCCGAGGAGGAGAGGCGCAAAGAGGUGGAGGAUUACAGCUACAACCCGAACAAUGACCCUACCCUACCAGAGGUCGGCAGCGUCGGUGGCUCCGGCGUUUACGAGAUGAAAGAGGAUGGGUCUUCCGGUUACCGUGGCUGGGGUUCGACCACGAUCGCUGGUUCUACGGGACGAAAGGCCUCAACCACCAUGUCGGGUGGUGCAGCAGGUGUGGCCUACUCAGAUGCAUCGCCAACGAAAGGAAAUCAUUCUGACGCACGAUCAGGAGAAGCACUAAUCAGCGAUGGUUCACCUUCGCCCGAGGGAGAGAUUCUCGGUGCCAUGGGACCGUCGGCUUCAGACACCCGCGCUGGCAAUGGCAACGUGCAUCGUGGACCUUCAAACGCAUCAUCGUCGUACAGUGCCGCCGGCCGAUCCGACGGUUCGGCUGACAACGGUGUCGCCUAUGGUGGUCCCUUUGACCAGUACAGCGGCAACACUCCCUACAGCGAUAACGCGAAUGGGCCACAACAGCCUGUAAUACGUGACAACCCGGCUCGACGCAACACCCGCAUCGAGAAUCCAUCCCAUUAUCCACAACAGAGUGCGGGCAUAGCACAGAACUUCUAG